GUUGCCGUUAUCUUGGACAUGUCAUUGUCAUCCUAUAGUCUUUUAACAACUCGAUCAGAACUUGGUCAAGAGCAGAGGUGGCGGGAAACAACAAGGUGGCGGGAAAGCAAGAUGCAGGUCAAUACACACUAGCUUAGGUCGCAAACGAACAAAAGUAACCAAAACGAGUAGCGACGACCAACGACAAAUAAUAAUCUUCCUCCAUGCUGAUCGCUGACGAUCCUGCAACGCUAGCUCACGCGUCAUGUCGCGUCGCGUCGUGUCGUGUCGCCGACAUCGCCGCCUAUAUAUUACUCCAUCCAUGUAGCUUGCUCUGGAACACACCAAGAAUCGAUCAAUGGCGCUCGUCGCAAUGGCUAGCAGCAGCGGCAGUGGCAGCAGUAGAUCCACCAAUGGGAUGCUCGAGGAGACCGUCGCCGACGUCGCGGCGCUCGUCGAGAAGUGGCGCUCCGAUGAUGAUGGGCGGCGCCGGCGCCGGAGCUCUCUGUUCCUCGACGGCGGCUUUGCGGAUGCGGGGAGGUUUAUGUCCGCCGCCGUCGAGCUCCACCGCGGGAUGCUCGUGCUCGCGUCGUCGGAUGUCGAGGAUGCGCGGGGACGUGGGGACCGUGGGGACGAACGGCUUGUGCGCGCGCAGGGGGUUCUCGAGGACGCCAUGCGGAGGCUGCAGCUCGAGCUGGAGAUUUUGCUGUCGGCGGUGAGGUCGAACACCGCCGACGACGGCGACGGCGACGGCGCCGCCAUGUCCGGCCAUGGCUUGGAUGGUGACGGUGCUGUUGUGGUGGGGCAUAUACGGUUGGUCGCCGAGGCCAUGGUGGCGGCUGGGUAUGGCAUGGAGUGCGUCACCACGUUCAUGUCGCACCGCCGCGCGGAGUUCGCCGGCGCGGUGCGCCGCCUGCUCGGGUACGCGCCGUCGCAGCACGCGCGCUUCCGCAAGCUCGCGUGGGACGACGUCGACGGCAAGGUGCGGUCGUGGCACACCGCCGCCGGGUUCGCGUUCAACUUCGCCUUCUCCGGCGAGAGGGUGCUCUGCCACCGCGUGUUCGCCGCCGCCGACGCGGGCGUCGCCGACAGGGUGUUCGAGGGGAUCGCCAGCGACCACGCCGCGGACCUCCUCGCCGUCGCCGAGGCCGCCGUGGCGCGCGCGCGCCGCGCGCCCGAGCGGCUGUUCCACGUGCUCGACGUCCACGCCACCCUCGUCGAGAUAUUCCCGGCGAUCGUGUGCGUCCUCGGCGACAAGUCGGAGGCCGCCGUCCGCGCCACCGCCGCUCUUCGCAACGCCGGCGAGGCGGCGCGUGGUAUUCUCGUCAGCUUCGAGGAAGCGAUCCAGAAGGCGACGUCCAAGUCGUCGGCGGCGGCGACCGGCGGCGCCGUGCACCCGCUCGCCCGCUACGUGAUGAACUACCUCGUCCUCCUCGCCGACUACGACGACACCCUUGCUCGCAUCUACCAGCAAGGCCGAGGCAGCACGUCGCCGCACUCUCCAUCGUCGUCGUCGUCGUCGUCGAACCCGAUUGGUCGUCUCGUGUCCGUCCUGCUGCGCAAGCUGGACGCCAUGGCCGGGAGGCACCGGUCGCCGGCGGCGAGGUCCCUGUUCAUGGCGAACAACACGCACUACGUGUCCAAGAAGGUGCGCGGCAGCAGCAAGCUGGUGGGCAUCGUCGGCGGCGAGGGAUGGGCGGUGGCGCAGAGCGCGGAGACAAGGCGCCACGUCGACGCGUUCGUGCACGCGGCGUGGCGGGACGUGCUGGUGGUCGGCGGCGAGGGCGCCGACGCGGCGGUGAGGGAGGCGGUGGCGUCGCAGCGGAGGUGGGUGGCGGUGGCGGACGACGAGAUGGGCGACGCCGUGAGGGCGGCGGCGGCUGCGGCGGUGGUGCCGGCGUACCGGGCGCUCUACCGGCGGCACGGCAUGGCGGCGUGGAUGACGCCGGGGGACGUGAACGCGAUGAUCGGCCGGCUGUUUGGUGGGCCGCGGAAUGCAGCGGCAGGUGCCAGGCCGGUCGCCGCCGGCGGUGCGACGCCGCGACGCCAUCGUCUGCGUCUCACCUCUUCGUCGCAGAAAUUGGCCCAUAAACAGUAGGAUGGUCCAAGUAGAAAGCCCAAGCCCAUCACUUGUACGGCCCAAACAUUUUGUGAAUAUCCCUACAAUUUUUUUUGUUCACGAGAAUCUGUCCAAUCACCUUUUUUUGUUUAACAAACACAUUUUGGUCAAAAUAUAUAUAAAGUGCUUGUUUUGUUUACUUGGGGUAUAAAACAUGUGCACUUUUGUGUACAUUUAUGAGGAGAUCACAAUUAUUGAAGGAAUGUAAGUGAGGGCCUUGAAAUAAAGCAGAACACAUAUAUAAUGCAUUUACUAGUUGA